AUGAAGAGUUUUGCACUACUUUUCCUAGUGGUCACCUGUGGCAUGGGAGCACUGGGACAGAAGGUGAAGCCGAAGAAAAGAAGCAGUGGUGAAGAAAUCCAUUUUCGGACUAAAACCAAAGAUGUUUGCACAAUGAGCAUGAGCGGUGACGAGGAGAUGAAAGUUAGAAUUGAAUGCAAAAGCCAAGGCAUGUCCUACUGGUGUGAAUUCACUGGCAAGCCAUCAGUCUGUCGUGCUUUCAGAAACAACCCAAAGAUUUACUGGAAUCAGAUCGCCGUGGAACUUAGGAAGCUCCCACACGCCUGUGAAUCCACGGAAGUGCUGAAGACCACUAUGUGCCAAAAGGCUCCCACAGAGGCUUUCAUGAAGCAAAUAGCUGCUGGUGUGGAGCCAGAAGAUCUAGCAAACCGGGACAGAUCAGUCCAGAAAGCUUCCGCUUCUAUGAGGGGAGCAGGGAAAAGCUCUGCUAAGAAAAUAGGGAAACCUCCAAUCCUGCCUCUUAUACCAACCCAGCACGGGCAAGGGUCUGAAAAUGAAACAGAAGCAAUGAAACUGGCACGGGAACAUUGCUGGGAAUCCCUGCAUGGUUUCUGCUCCUACAUUAUUGGCAUCUUUAGAGGUUAA